GAUGCGACGCCCUCGGCCCUCCGCCCUCCGCCAGUUCCAUCCCCGCCUCCGCCACCACCAUCACCACCCGUCCCUCCUCUACACAUGGCGGAGAGGGCCCUCCCGCCCGCGGUGCCGGCGUCGCCCGAGCCGGCCUCCUCCUCCGCGGUCUCAACGGCGUUCGGCUCACCGCUCGUGCCCGUCGCCGCGACGGCGGCUGCGACGCCCGCGCACGACACGUACGUGGUGCAGGUGCAGAAGGACCAGAUAUACCGCGUUCCGCCCCCCGAGAACGCCUACCUCGCCGAGCGCUACCGGAACGGGCGGCGCGGCGGGGGCAAGAAGCGGCGCGGGAGAAGCGAGGGGUCGGGCGCGUGCUCCCCGUGCGUCCUGCGCACGCUCGGCGCGCUGCUCGCGGCCGCCGCGCUGGUGGGCGCCGCCGUCCUCAUCUCCCUCGUCGUGCUGCGGCCGGGCGUCCCGGGCUUUUCCGUGGACAGGAUCACCGUGAUCAACUCGACGCGGCAGCAGCGCGUGGACUACGACGUCUUCCUCACGGCGGUGAACCCCAACAAGAUGACGGCGCUGUGGUACAGGCGCGGCGCGGCGAGGCUGGCGCACCAUGGGACGACCCUCGCCAAGGGCGACGUCGGGCAGCCCGCGGACGGCGGCGAGGACGCCACCGACUUCAGCGUGCUGCUGCAGGGGGUGAAGCACAACGGGCGCACGCCCAGGGCGGUGGAGAAGGGGUUCAGCGGGUCCAAGGAGCACCUCGCGCUCCAGCUGGCCGUGGAGGUCACCGUGCAGGUGCACGUCGGCGCGCUCGGGUUCGGGCAGAGGAGGCUAGCCGUGGACUGCGGGAUCACCGCCGCCGGGCUGAGCAAGGACGUGCACAUUGCGUCGCAGAGUUGCAGGAGCAGCUUCCGGAACUGACGACGAUCGGGGGCGCCUGUGGUCUGGAACUCUGGAUCGUGGGGGAAUGGAAAUUGACGCCGCGCGCGGUCAUGUAAAUGUCAAAUGUGUGGCGGCGUGGAAGCGGAUGUUGGACGGAAGAUCGUGCUCGCGCGCCUUUUGUAAAAUGUUGUGAAAUUCUUGAGACUUUGAUGUAAAUUGUCACGAACUGAAUCAUGGCGUUGAAGGCCGGAUCACAGCAACAUGUACACUAU